AAGUUCUGAACCCGCCGCCGGCCGCCGGCCGCCUCCUGCCCGCUUCCGUGCUCCGCGCCUCGCCGGUUAAUCGCCCAUCGACGCCUCCCUCCCUGAAUCUGUGCCUCGCCCAGCCCAUCCCCGUCCGCCGUGCCCAGCUGUCCAGUCCGCAGACUAGCCCGGCGGCCGCCGGUGACCCUGCCCUGCACUACAGCAGCUAGCCUUCCCACUGUCCCAGGACCAAACACAGCAUACACGUGAACCACCCCGUUUUAAAUUCCUAGCUCCGCAGCAGGCUGGUCCGCACCCAGCAGCUUCUCCUUCAGGCCUCCGUCCAUCCAACCGCUCUGCAAGCCCGUGCUUCAGCGGAGAUGCAGCGGCCGGUGGAUUUCAAGCUCCCCCACUUUUUCAACUAUCCGCCCUACUUUACUUUGCAGCCUGUGAGAGAAACACGUGAAAAGCAAGUGCAGCUAUGGAAAGAGCUGAUACUUGAUUACUGUAGAAGUCAAAAGAUGUAUAUAAUCUCCCUGGAAGAAGAUUUUCCGUUGUUCUCCAAUCCAAAGAUUGAGAGAUCUCUAAGCUAUGAAGCAAAGGAGGCGUUCCUUGCAGCUCUUGUUAGUGAAGGUCGCGCAGAGUGGGUUGACAAAAGUCACAAGAAGUGUCUCAUUCUUUGGCUGCGGAUUCAAGAUUGGGCUAACUACAUAUUAGACUUUGUAAAGGAAAAUGGGUUGGAAGUGACAACAAUUGAGGAUAUACGCUCUGGAAUUGAAACACAUGGGACUGAACUUGCGGGAAUUGAUCGUGGUGUCCUGAUGCGAGCUUUGAGGCUAUUGGAACAAAAGGGAAAGGCAGUUAUCUUUAAGGGCACUUCCGCGGACGAUGAAGGCGUCAAAUUUUCUGUUUAAACUUUGUGCCAACUAACAGAUGAAUAAUAAUCUUGAUGGGUGUACUUGAACAUGAUACAUCCCAUGUUACCUGUAUGUGCGUAGACCGAUGACAUACUUCUGGUCGGCAUCGUUCAAACUUCAGUCAGUAUUUAUUUGCCGUCCCGGACCUUUGUAAUUAGCCA